AUGGCUGCCUGGAGCUCUACAUCAGCCACUGCAAGUGCUGCACUGCCAAAGGCGGCAGAAGCGAUUGAGUGGUUGCUGCUCCGUGGUGCUCCUGCCAGCGUGCUCUUGCCCGAAGAGCCCGGCGCUUUGAAGGCUCGCAUGAAAGCCUUGCGAUUGCUACGUGAUUUGGGGCCAGUGGUUUGCCCAGCAGUCGCAGCUGCCGUUGCUGGCUGCCUGAGAGAUCCCGAGGUCAAAGGUCGUCGUGCGGCUGCCCAAAGCCUGGCGGCCUUGGGCCCCAGUGUGGCAAAGCACGCACCUAGGGCGAUACCCCGACUGCUCAGGCUUUUUCGAGAUCCGGAUCCUUUAUGUGCCGAAGACGCUGCCGUGGCGCUGGGCCACCUGGGCACGGACGCGCUGGGCGCGGCGGUGGCCGAACUGCGUUCGGCCGAGGGGUCGACUGCUGUGGGCGUGAAGGCGUUGGCGUGUCGCGCUCUGGGAGAGGCUGGGCAUGAAGCUGCAGCUUUUGGCACAGAUCUUCUGGAGCUUUUGCAGUCCGAGCACGCUGUGCUAAGAGCCAGUGCCAGCCAGGCUUUAGGUCGCAUCGGAGCCGCACACGCUGGAGACCUCUCACUGUGCUCCUUGCUGGCCCACCUGGCCACGGAAGAUCAGGAUUGCACGACGCGGGAGGCUGCAGUUACAGCACUUGGUCUUCUCGCCACCGAGGUCAAGCGCGCAGAAGCUCAAGGCGAGUUGGAAGUGGUACGGGCGGCAUUGGCUUCGGCAUUGGAUGAUGUUGAGACCUUUGUCCGUGAAGCCGCUGCGCUCGCCGUGGUGGCACGCUUCUCCAAGGAGAAGGAGACUGUUCUUCUGAUUGGAAGUAGUGGCUUUGUUGGAGUGAGAAUUCAGCAGCUCCACUUCGAAACAUAUCAAGCACCAUUCAAUCUGGUUUGCGUUGACCUUGGAGCUCCAAAAGAGAUGAGAGAAGAUGUGGUCUACUUCACUGGCGAUGUGCGCGAGCCAAAGCACCUGAAAGAGAUCUACACUGUGAUGUCCAGCUACGGCUUUCCCAUCAAAGGAACCAUGCACUUGGCCUCAAUCAUCCCUUUCUUAGGGAUACCUGACAGUCUCAUCACGCGGGUGAACGUGAAGGCCCUGGAAGACUCUGUGAAGAUGGCCAAGGAUCAAGGUGUGAGCUCUUUCGUGUACACCUCCUCGGCCACUUGCGUUCUGGACGGAGCAGAUGAUGCACCAGUGGACCUGGAUGAAGGGAGCCCAUAUCCCGAAAAGAACAUGGACACUUACACCUCCAGCAAGGUAGGCACGGUCCAGCUUGAGGUGGUGCACACCUUUCUGAGGGCCUUGCUGGAGGUCUCCCAUGCAUGCCCCGCGGGUGAAGGCUUGGAGAGCAAAUCCGCCAGCAGCUCCUUUUUCUGCUGUAUGAGCGGAAUCUUGUCCUUCAUGACCGUCGCAGCCGAGAGGAUGGUGUGUGGAGCACAUGAGGCCAAGGAUGAGGCCGAGCGUGGCGAAGGGACGAGCUUCUACACGGCCGUUUUGCGCCCUUCUGGGAUAAUAGGCCCAGGUGACAAGGUCCUGUAUGACAAGCUCAAGCUGGGUGAAGACAAUGUGUGGAUUCAGGGGAAGCCCAAUGGUGAGAGUUUGCUGGACUUCAUUGGUGUGGAUGCUGUGGCGCUGGGUCACUUGAAGGCCAUGUCUCAACUCCUUCAGCCCAACGGCCGUCUCAAACGGCCCAAUGCCACAAUCAUCAACCUAUCGGCGGGGAAGGGCAUCGAAUACAAAAAGCUCAUUGGUUGGGAGGUUGAGACAGAUGGCAAGAAUUAUUGGGGCCAUGCGCCAGCCCGGCCGGUACCCUUUGGAGUAGUGAAGUGCUUGGCCUACAUCAAUGAGUCCUGGUGUAGCUUCUUUGGAAAGGCCUUACUGAGCCCCUUCCUCGCCCAAGUGAACUUGAACUACACACAGAGAAGCUAUGUCUUUUCGAACAAGAGGGCUCGCGAGUUGCUGCAGUGGGAGCCCGAGGAUGAUGACAUCAAAGACACUGUGAGGAAAUACCUGCGCCGGGAUCCAUCCUCAAAGAGGACCAAUUAA